AUGGAGAUUAGAGCCGCCGACGGAAUUCAAGCAGCACCGGCCGAAGCUCAGGAAACCAUGGCGUCGGCAACAAUGGGAUGCCGGGGUUUGAAGACCUUCGCUAUAAUACUCGGAAAUGAAAUGGUGGAGAAAGGCACUAGCGCCGGCGUCCAAGCCCUAUUGACGUUCUACCUGAAGCGCCAGUACUUCAUCAGCAACACUGCCGUUGCCACCACCUUAAUCCUGUGGAAUGCCCUCUCCAACUUCAGCUCACCUUACGCCUCUCUCGCCGCCGAUUUGUACGGACGCUUUCGAGUAAUCUCCGCCAGCAGUAUCCUCGCUUUCUUGGUGAGUAUCGCACAAAGGAAACUUUUCGCCACCGGAAACGAAGGAUUCGGAAUGGGGAUCAUGUGGGCUACCACAUUGUCCUCCAAGGCACGGCCACCGCCUUGCUACGAAAGCAAUGAUCCCUGCGAAGGACCGAACGGCGGGCAACUCCUUCUCCUAUUCACCUCUCUGUUUCUGAUGGGCAUUGGAGGUGGUGGAAUAAGGCGGUGCUCGCAGACCUUUGCCGCAGAUCAAAUCAUGAUCAACCGGCCGGCCGGCGCCCCAACCAUCAGUAGCUGGUACCAUAGCGGGGCCGGAAUGUGGGUCAUUAUUGUGGUUCUACUCUUGACCAUAGCUCAGGAGGAAUACGGGUGGGGGUUUGGGUUAGGAGCCGCUGCGGUCUUCAUGUUGCUAUCCCUCGUCGUUUUCUUCAUAGCCUCGGCCGGGUACAGUAAGCUGCCAGGAGGGACCGACGGCCGACGGGGCCCACGCCGUCGUGAAAAGUCUAAUUCGCGUCAUUAUAGCGGCGUGGAGCAAAAGGAGUCAAUCCACGUCUUUCUUAAUAAAGCGUGCUUGGUGGUCAACGAGGAGAAAGAAGUCAACCCAACUACGGGUCUGCCAACGGAUCCGUGGGCGCUUUGCAGCGUCGAGCAAGUGGAAGAGUUCAAGGCUUUGGUCAAAUUGAUACCAAUUUGGUUAACCGGAGUCUUGAUCGCCGCUUUAACCAGCCCACUCACGUUCACGUCCCUACAAGCCGAAACCAUGAAGCGCCAAUUCAUAGGCCGCCGCAUCCAGAUCCCGGAAUCGGCCUACGGGGUCUUCACCGUCGCAUCGUCGACUCUCUUGGUAACACUCUACAAUCUCUCCAACAAGUUCUUCGUUUCCAAUGCCGGCAUCCCGGCCACGUGGCGCUGGCGCAUGGGUAUCGGCGCGGCGUUUUCUUGCACCGCUAACAUCGUUGCCGGAGCAGUGGAACGUAUUCGUCGGGAAAAGGAGAUAUUCACCAUGUCGGCGAACUGGCUGAUCGUCCAGCUCUGCCUGACCGGUUUGGGUGAAGGUUUCAGCGCCGUGGCCCACAGUGAGUUCUACGACUCACAUUUCGUAGGGGUUGUGGUCCUUGAGCCAGUUUGCUGGUGGAUUGGUGGCCAGUUUGGUGUUGCUUAUGGUGAAGAAAUUGACGGGGAAAGGAGUGAGAAAUUGGGUGGCAGACGAUUUGGACCGGAGUCAUUAUGA